CCCUAUACAACACAGAUCUCAUACCCUUAGCAAGGCUGCAAUUAAGUUUGUCUGAAAAUGGGUUCUAAGGCUAUUGCAACCAUAGCUUUUCUUGUUUCUCUCAACCUUCUCUUCUUCACUAUUGUCACUUCAACCUAUGUCCCUUGCCCACCAUCGCCACUAAAGACUCUAAAACACCCUCCAGUAAAGCCACACCCGGCCAGAGCGGCGCCUAAGCCCACCGCUUGCCCCAAGGAUACCCUUAAGUUAGGGGUGUGUGCCAACCUGUUAAAUGACUUGGUACACCUUGUUGUUGGAACCCCACCAAAGACAGCCUGCUGCAGCCUCAUACAGGGACUUGCUGAUGUGGAAGCUGCUAUUUGCCUUUGCAAUGCCAUCAGGGCCAAUGUUUUGGGCAUCAAUCUUAAUGUCCCCGUCUCAUUGAGCUUGCUGCUCAAUUACUGUGGAAAGAAUGUUCCCACAGGCUUCCAAUGCGCCUAAUGGCGCUGAAUGUCUCAUUUUUCUACAUGCUUUCCUUUUAUAAUCUGAUUAUUUUCAUCAUUUCCCAUUAA